AUGAACCACGACGCACUAAAGUCAAUAGUAACAGAGACUCAGUUGGACUUAAAUCAGAAGUGUCAGCCAGUAAGAAAGAUAGAGAAUGUUUGUAAUAUCAUCAUGAUAUCUAACAACUUCAACUCAGUAAAGAUUGACAAAGACGACAGAAGAUUUGUUGUCAUUGACGUAAGCAGCAGAUACAAAGGAAAUUACGAAUAUUUCUCAAAUCUCAUUGAAAGCUUUAAUGAAGAGUUUUAUUCAAACUUACUGACGUACUUCAUGAAGAAAGAUUUAAGUGAAUUUGAUGUAAGGAAGAUACCAUUCACCAGGGCUAAACAAGAACUCAUCGAAAUGAACAAAACACCUUACCAAAUGUUUUACGAGGAGUUCUAUGAAAAGUUUGUAUCCGGAUGGAAUUGUACAGAGUGCUACAGAAGAUAUAAAGAAUUUGCGAAGGAGAAUGAAUUCUUUGCAUGUAGUUCAAAUGUAUUUGGUGGCAAGAUGAGAGAAUUUGUGAAGAGAAGUAGAAAGCGAGACAGUUCUGCAAGAAGUUAUAUUUACGAAGCAAGUAUGAUAUUAGAAGGUCGUGGAAAGAAAGAAACAGUGAAUUAUGAGGAAGUGUUUGAAAAAUUCAUGGAGUACAUGGGAAGCAAUAUAACAUACAACAAAGACAUAUACAGUGAGUUUAAGUACUACUGUGAACAGCAUGAGAUUGAAGUAAUGAGUAAAGGAGACUUUGAAACGCUUAUGAAAGACAGUGAGGAGGUCAUACAUGAGAACAGUGAUGAAAUAGUUCAUGAGAACAGUGAGGAGGUCAUACAUGAGAACAGUGAUGAAAUAGUUCAUGAGAACAGUGAGGAGGUCGUUCAUGAGAACAGUGAUGAAAUAGUUCAUGAGAACAGUGAGGAGGUCAUACAUGAGAACAGUGAUGAAAUAGUUCAUGAGAACAGUGAGGAGGUCAUACAUGAGAACAAUGAUGAAAUAGUUCAUGAUGUCGUUCGUGAAGAAGCCAUUGCAACAAAGAAUGAGAUAAAGGAUUUCAUAGAACUUAACAAGGAGGAGUUUAAAGAAGGCUAUGAAGUGAAAAGAUGUGAAGAAGAUUUCUUGGCGUAUUUGAAGAAAAAGAGACUAAAGCCAAUGGCUCAAAAUAAGUUUCAAUCGAUGUUUGAAAAGAAACGUUUGAGCUAUGGUGGUGUAAGAAGCACAUAUUACUUUGUUAAGAAGUGA